ACAAUGAUAAUUGGCAACACUGCGACUGCUGUGACUGGUAGAGACAAGUUCCGUAUUUUCAGUGCGACUCCCAGAUUUCUUACCAUUAGCAAGCAAAAUUUGUUAGCUUGUCUCUUCAAGAAUAUACUCUGUGGUUAACAAGAGUCGACAAUGGCAUACAAGCCCAUUGACUCGCGUCGCGAUGAUUAUCGCAAAUAUUUGGAGCGCAACGGCGUGAUGGAGACACUCACGAAAGUGUUGUGCAAGCUGAUGCUUCAAUACGAGAGCGAUAAACAGGAUGAUGCCAUUGAAUUCAUCCGGAAGAACUUGGGGGACGCCGUUUACGAGACGGAUCUGAUCUCAUCAUUGAGGUCCCAGUUGGAGGAGAGUCGUAAGGAGAUUGAGGACUUGAAGCGACAGAUCAGAGAUCUGAAGGAAGGAAAGCCACCAGUGGUGGAAGAAGCGGUGUCACCGCGAGAGGAACCGGCGGUUGAGGAGAAAAGUCCGGAUGAGAAUAAGGAGGAAAAGAGAGACGAGCCGGAGGGUGAAAAGACUACUGAAGCUAAAACUGAUGAGCCAGACGAUAAGACGUCUGUUGAUGAACCACCAUCAGUGACAUCCGAUACCGCUAAAGCGGCUGACGCUGCUGAUUCAGCUAAAGAGUUAAACGAGACUCCGGCCAGUCCACCAGCUGAGGGAGAGGGACAGAAGGAAGUGGACGCUUCGACGAUUGAGCUACCCGCCUCGCCCAAGGAAACUGCGGAGGCCGAGAAGGCAUAAACGGUGAAAUUUGCCAUCCAUUUAUGAAUUACUUUUAAGAAGCCAUGUGAAUUUUCUAUCCCCUUUCCACUUUAUUUUCCUUUUAGUUUUCUAAGUUUCUUUGACCUUUCCUCCUUCGCAGUCUGUAUUUUAUUGAUUCACUACUGAAGUAUAACAUUUAAGAAGACGAUAAAUAAUGAAUUGCGAAGGAGCAAUAUAUAUCCAUUUUUUUUCAAUUUUAAAUCAGAUCUUGCUCAGUGAGUGAUCUCACAAUGGAAAGCAUUCCAUAUCAGAAAUAACAAUGAAAUUUGAAAUAUUUUGAUCACACUAGUUGAGGAUGAACUCAAAAUCGUCUCAAAAUACUAUGUGUAUUUGAGAAAAUAGAAGAGACAAGACAAGAAUAUUUGGAUGAAGUCAAGUCUAGUCGAAUAUUGAUUAGGUGAAUAGAUAUAAUGAUUAGAAAUUUGAUUGAUUAUAAUUUUUGAAGUACAAUAGACAUUGAAUUAUUUGUGACAUUUCGUCUUUAUCGUAUCUCUCCUUCACUAGGAAAAGCACAAAAACACUGGUAUUUAAUGAAUUUGUGCCUUCAGAUCAAUGUGAAAUAAACUUAAUGGAUACACCAUGAAAUAAAGAACACGAUAAGCAGCAGAA